AUGGCACCUAAAAAAUCGAAGGCAUCAAAGAUGUCUCUCAAUGAAUUUCUCGGCGAUAGCACGCUGGGAUCAUGGGCGGAUGAAAUGGAUUCUCUUCCAAGUGCUCCGUCGAUUAGAACGGAUGAUGACGGGUCUCGACCUGGUGAUCGGUUUGGAAGAAGGGACGACUUUUCUUCGUCGCGGCCCGAUCGAUCGUUUGCGUCGCCUCGGGAAGAUCUCCCCCUACCCACCCAACCCCCUUACACUGCCUACGUCGCAAAUCUCUCCUUUGACAUCACCGAAGGCGAACUUGAAAGCUUCUUCGGUCCUCAUCAGACCAAAUCCAUCAAAAUAAUCAAGGAUCGUGAUGACAAGCCGAAAGGCUUUGGAUAUGUCGAGUUCGUGGAGCUUGAUGGAUUAAAAGAUGCACUGGCAAAGACAGGUAGUAGUCUCUCUGGACGCACAGUUCGUACCAGCGUCGCCGAGCCUCCAAAGGAAAGGUCCGGAUUCUCAGGGUCUAGCUUCGAUGAUGAAGCCAAGUUCUCUGGUAACUGGCGUCGUGAAGGCCCCCCACCUAACAUGCAGGACUCACGUGAUUCUUCCCGACGUCGGUUCGAUGGUCCUCCGGGAGAUCGCAUGCCACCUCCACCCAGUAUCUCAGACGAGAUCAGCCAGUGGAGGUCGAGUAAGCCUCUUGCAAAGAUCCCUGAACCAGAGGCUCCAUCAUUUAAGCGAAGGGGCUCAGGAUUCUCCACGCCCGAAGGUCAAUCGCCUGCAGACAACGAGGACAAAUGGACUCUUGGGAGCAAGUUCAAGCCAUCGACAGAAGACCCGCCAUCGAGAUUUGGUAGUUUGAGAGGCAGUCAUGAUUCGCAACAAGCAAGAGACCCGCCUGCUGAUGAGGGCGACUGGCGCGCUGGACGAUCGAGAACAUCGCCAAGCAGUUCCACACCCCCUACACCCCAGAUGGGUCGUCGUAAGCUCGAACUUCUCCCUCGUUCUUCGAACUCUGCUAGUCCCUCUCCCCUCUCUUCUCCGAAAAUGGCUUCUAAUCCCGGUGCCCCGUCUGCUCCCAAAGCUAGUCCUUUUGGCGCAGCCAGACCAGUUGAUAUUACCUCGAAAGAACGCGAAAUUACUGCCCGCGUUGAGAAGGACCGUGAAGCCUUGAAGGAACGUGUUCCACACCCGAUGUCACGUAACUCCUCCCGUCAAGCGACUGAACGAAGUCCUAUUACUGCUACACGGUCGCCACCCCAAGUCAUCGCUACGCCCCCUACACCUGGAUCUCCGCGUGUCUCUCAUGUUACGCCAACAACGUCAGCAAACAUUAGACCAUCGAUUAGCUUCGCCAACGCUGCUAGUACGAAGAAGGAUGUAUUAAAUGCCAAGGCUGAAGAGAAGGAAGAGUCACCCAUCAUCAUGGACAAAGAUACUGAACAGGUCGCAGAAGUAAGCAUGUAG